AUGGCGGAAGAGAGUACAGCCCUUGACAGUAUUACGGCUCUCUGUGAGCUUGGGAUAAAUCAGUCUGUUGGGCUCAAUGCAACAGGCAACAGUUCCACCUGCCCCUGGCCAAAGGAGUGGGAAUGGCUCUUUACUAUCCAGCCAUAUUUCCUCUGGUUUCUUGCUGCCUUGGGAGUGGUCGAAAAUGUGUUUGUCCUCUUCAUUUUCUGUCUGCACAAGAGCCGCUGCACGGUGGCGGAAAUCUAUUUGGCGAACUUAGCCAUGGCUGACCUUUUGCUGCUCUGUGCAUUGCCUUUUUGGGCGAUUAACAUGGCCAAUAACUUUAAAUGGCCAUUUGGGACCUUCCUUUGCAAAGUCGUCAAUAGCCUCGGCCAUAUGAACUUGUACUCUAGCAUUUAUUUCUUGGUGAUGGUGAGCAUCGACCGCUACCUGGCCUUGGUGAAAACUAUGACUCUGGGUCGGAUGCGCCGGCCGCUGUGUGCCAAAUGGAACUGCCUCGUCAUUUGGAUUUCUGCGCUGCUCCUGUGUUCUCCUGCCCUGAUAUUCAGGUCGAUCCAAUGCGUGGUUGAGUUCAAGGUCAUGGGUUGCAUUUUGUCUUACCCACCUGGUAGUCACUGGCAAGUGAUUACCAACAUUCUACUGAACACGGUCGGCUUUUUGAUGCCUCUCGGUGUCAUUACCUUCUGCACAGGUCAAAUAAUCCAAGCCUUGCAAAACAAUGACAUUCGAAAGCUCAAGGCAGUUCAGACAGAGAAAAGAGCCACCACCUUGAUCCUUGCCGUUCUUCUCCUGUUUAUUAUCUGCUGGCUUCCUUUCCAGAUCACCACAUUCCUCGACACGUUAAUUGAAGUCAAAGUCAUUUCUGAUUGUGCCACCAUAACAGACAUACAUGUGGCUACCCAAAUUGCCACGUACUGUAGUUUCAGCAACAGUUGCCUUAACCCUAUAGCAUAUGUCAUUGUGGGAAAACAUUUCCAAAAGAAAUCCAAGGAGGUCUACCGUAACUUGUUCCUUAGGAGGCCUAGCCAAGCACCAUCAGUCCAGAUGGUGAGUUCCAUGGAUACUCUCAGAACUUCUAUCUCAGUGGAGUGGCUACGAAAAAAAUCUGUUUUUUCUAUACCACGAUAG